AUGGUCUCCCUUCUAACUUUUUCGCUCCCCCUUCUAAACGUACUGGCGCUGUAUGUUGGCGUCGCCCGCUCGAACCUCCGUGGCGAUCUCCUAGGGCAUGCAACGGCACACGACACCGCGUUUCAUGAUGGCCUCCUCAAACAGCUGGCCUCCGCUAGAGCAUCAGCUAGUCCUACCCCGAGCAGCGUACCGUCCGAAUCCACAGGCGUUGAGGAAAAUGCGACGGUCUUAUCGGGUAUCAAUGGCGACGUCUUAGCCGCAGACGAUAGCGCUUCACUUCAGAUAUACGUUAACGACACUAUACCAACGGACCCAGUUCCUCCCAAUGCGUGCGCUAAUGCGCUGGUGACUACUAUACCUUGCAAUUCAACGAUCCCUCUCAUGGCAAUUUCUGGUUCCGGAAACGUCACAAUCUCCCCUACUUUGGCCGUCGAUUAUGUCCGGGGCCCGUACAUGACACAAUGCCUUCAAGACCCACAAACCUCUGCGUUCUGUGGCCCCAUAAUCCAGUCAUACAAUGCCACAGGAGGGCUGCUGUCGAUCCCGAAAGACCAAUUGUGCACCUACUCAACCUACUCUGUAGCUAUCGCUACACUUCUAUCAUCGGCUAUUGACUUGUGUGGCCCGCAAUUCGACUCGUACAACAUCUCUUCUGCUCCGGGCGGCCAGGUCAUUUUUGAUCCCGGUGUUACGGGCUUUGGGGCAAAUUCAAGUGCAGCUCCUGCCGCGGACUGCAGUAUUGUGGGGCGCAACGUGACUACGAGCACGGCCACUACUUGUGCUGAAGUAGCAGAGCGAUACAACGUCAGCGAGUACUCGGUAUUAGCGUCGAACCCAUCCUUGGCCGAUUGCGACAUCGCUGCCAACACUAUUCUUUGCGUACCACAAGCAUGCAACACUUACACCAUCGCAGCAAAUGAUACUUGCGACAGUGUCGCUGCCGUUGCAGCAUCCCAAGCUGGAAUCAGCGUGACGACCACGCAGUUACAGUCAUUCAACCCUGACCUAGGAACUUAUUGUCAAUUGAUGGCGCUCCGAGUCGGCAAGCUUAUUUGCUUGUCACCGAAUGGCGGCUUCCCGAAGCUUGGCGCCACCACAGGAGCUCAACCGUCCGCAACGCCCACGGCUUUGGCUCCCUUACCCACACCGACCGUCAGCGGAACAACGACGGCAUGUGGAAGAUGGUAUCAAGUUCAAAGUGGAGAUAUUUGUCAAACGGUCGCUCUUGCCAACAGCGUAUCUCUUGCGGAUUUCCAAACUCUCAAUCCCCAAAUUGAUGAAAACUGCACUAAUUUGUGGUUGGACUACUACUACUGCGUCGCUCCUUACCCACCCUUCGCUUCGAUCACUGUAUCACCUGUUGUAACGACCAAUUAUUCCAGCGCCACUGUGAUCAGUUACACCAUUCCAUCGGAUAACUAUACACCAACGACCUAUCUCGUUGCUCUCACUACAGCUGGCAUAUCGGCGCCUACGAAUGUCGCGGACGGAACGCGUACCGUGGCGUGUGGGAACUACUACGUUAUUCAGGAUGGUGAUACGAUUGAUUCCGUGUCUACACUGGUAGGCGUGAAUGCUAGUGAUCUCGAGUCUUGGAACCCCGAAAUCGCCAGUGGAUCACUCCCUCAGAUCGGAUCAGCCAUCUGCAUAGUAUUUCCGCUGGGGAACUAUACCUUAUUCCCCGCCAUUGCUCCCGUCAAUGCCUAUCCGAAUGCGACUAAAGCAUGCGCUGAGUUCUAUACCGUACAAGCAGGCGACGGAUGCUCUUCUAUCGCCGACGAGUUCGGCAUAACCAGUCUUCAAUUCGCGGAGUUGAACCCAGGCUUGAUGACCGAUUGCACAAACCUUAUUCUGGGCGAAGCAUACUGCGUAUUCCCCACUUUCCCCAUCUCCAACAUUGACGAUGGGUCGGGAGUCCCGCCCAACGUUGCUCCUGGUACAAUCACGGACGGUUGUUUGCAAUACUACACCGUGGUCACUGGUGAUAGCUGUGGACCCAUUGAAGUCGAGUUCAACUUGACGAACACGGAAUUCCUGACGUACAACCCCGAGAUCAAUGCCGACUGUUCCAAUCUACAACUUGAUCUAGCGUAUUGCGUUCGAAGUAACUUGACAACGGGCGAAGACCCGGGUGCGGGCGAUGGCGACGGACCCCCUGACAAUCUGGCGAGUGGGUCGCUCGGAAAUUGCACAAGUUAUCAUACAAUCAUCUCCGGAGAUAAUUGCCCGUCCAUCGAGACCACGUAUUCUAUCGCAGCCACCGACUUUUUCCGCUGGUAA